GGGAACUCUUUCCCUCAACCCCAACGAAAAGCCAUGUCUUAACAAAUGGGAUAAAUGUAUACUAUGAAAAACAAUUUAUGGUAUUUGUUUUUAAUUUUUUUGGAUGAAUUUUGAGUUUAUACAAUGGCAGAAAUGUUUGUAAAUCACGAGACCGCCAGCUCAUAGCAGAGGCCGUCUCUCCCUCUCUCUGUCUCUCUCUCUCUCUCAUCCUCCCCCAAAGUUUCCAAUCAGAUCCAUCCACCACCCACCACCACAUUGCUCCUAAUUUCAACUCUUCCGCCGUUGAUGCGGUUGUUUUGAUCCAUCUUGACGUUGUUUUGAUCGGAGUGAUAAUUCUAACGACUAUUUUUACGGUGGAAAUUUGUCUUUGAAGAUCCCCGACUCGCAUUCCGGUUCUUGAUUCCCUGCGAAAAAUGGUGAGCGAAGAGCUCGCAGAGAUCGAGGGCCAGAUUCAAGAUUUAUUUCGAGCUCUAUCGAAUGGAUUUCAAAAAUUGGAGAAAAUUAAGGACUCCAGCCGGCAAAGCAGGCAGCUGGAGGAGCUUACCGAUAAGAUGCGCGAAUGUAAGAGGCUUAUUAAAGAGUAUGACCGAGAACUCAAAGACGCAGACUACAAAAAUGACCCUAGUACAAACAAGAUGCUUAAUGAGAAAAAGCAAUCAAUGAUCAAAGAGUUGAACUCAUAUGUCGCUCUCAAGAAAAAGUAUUCAAGUAGUCUUGAACACAAGCGAGUGGAUCUCUUCGAGGGCCCGGGUGAAGGAUUUGCAGAAGAUAAUGUGCUGCUUGCUUCAAAUAUGACAAAUCAGCAGCUGCUGGAUCAUGGAAAUAACAUGAUGGAUGAGACUGAUCAAGCCAUUGACAGAGCUAAAAAGGUUGUUCACGAGACCAUUAAUGUUGGAACAGAGACUGCUGCCGCACUCAAAGCUCAGACUGAACAAAUGAGCAGAAUCGUGAAUGAGCUGGAUUCAAUCCAUUUUUCAAUUAAGAAGGCCUCAAAGCUAGUUAAGGAAAUUGGUAGGCAGGUUGCAACUGAUCGGUGUAUCAUGGCUCUCCUAUUCCUUAUUGUUGUUGGCGUCAUAGCUAUCAUUAUUGUGAAGAUUGUGAACCCAAAUAACAAAGAUAUUCGAGAUAUACCAGGAUUAGCUCCACCGGCACCUACUCGGAAACUUCUAUGGAUUUCUAAUUGAGGAAUGUUGAUAUAUUGUUACCAAUUACCUGGAUUUUGAUUGGACGAAACGAGAAGAAAAUUGAUGGUUACCAUCAAUCACAUAUUUUUCAGGUGGCGGCUUCCAUAAUUUUUAUCAACAUUUUUCUCAAAUAUUUAUUUCUUUAUCAUUUGCUUGAGGAAUAUUCGGUGUAUAUGCGGUUGGCAUUCUUUAUAUGUGUAUUUGUUUAUGUGUUGUGUCAUUAGAUGAUGAUUCAUGAAUCGAUCGAAACAACACAGUUUCACUUUGAUGGCUA